AUGACCCAGACUGGGACGCCGAUGUCCUCUCCGACGGUUAUCGUUUUUGCUGCGAGACAGACACAGCCCCCAGCCGAGCUGCAGUCGACGGACUUGCCGACAAGCGAACGGGAGGGGAAACGGGCAGGUCAUCAGCGGGUAAACUCCCCCCCCGUUGCUACACCGUCCGCCAUUCUGGCGCGUCAAGUGGCGGAUGCGGUGGGCCGUCAAAUGGUUUACGCAAGCUGGUGUCAGAACCCUGUCAGGCGGGUAGCGAAGCGCCGCACUUUGCUGGUAUAG